AGGCGAAAGCCUGUUCCAGGGCACUUUCAGGUGGGACAAGGGUUUUGGGGACCACUAUGUUCUCAUCACGGCAGCAACUAAAAAUGCCUAGGAAGAUGGUCGUGAUCUUUGGAGCCUCAAAUAUACUUUGGAUGGUGUUUGCUGUUUCUCAAGCUUCGAAAAUGGAGAUCUUCCUUGAACCCAGAGUCGCUGCUCAGAUUGGUGAUGUCAUUUCUCUGACUUGCAGUACGACGGGCUGUGAGACCCCAUCUUUCUCUUGGAGAACCCAGAUAGACAGUCCACUGAAUGGGAAAGUGAAGAAUGAGGGGAACAAUUCCACGUUGACCAUGGACCCUGUUAGCUUCAACAAUGAACAUGCUUACUUGUGUACAGCGACUUGUGGAUCGAAGAAACUGGAAAAAGGCAUUCAAGUGGAGAUUUAUUCUUUCCCUAAGGACCCAGAGAUCCAACUGAGUGGCCCCCUAGAAGUUGGGAAGCCAGUCACAGUCACGUGUUUGGUCCGUGAUGUUUACCCAUUUGACAGGCUGGAGAUGAAUUUGCUGAAUGGCAAUGAUCUCCUACAGAGUAAGGACUUUCUAGAGCCUAUGGAGAAGAAGUCCCUGGAGACCAAGAGUUUGGAGGUAACCUUCACUCCUACCAAUGAGGAUAUUGGGAAAGGUCUUGUUUGCCGAGCACAAUUACACAUGGAUGAAAUUGACUUUGAGCCCAAAGAAAGGGAGACUACCAAAGAGCUACAAGUCUACAUCUCACCCAGGAACACAUUUAUCUCUGUGACUCCCUCUAUGAGGCUGCAAGAAGGCGGUUCUGUGACAAUGACAUGUGCCAGUGAAGGCCUACCACCUCCACAGAUUUUCUGGAGCAAAAAAUUAGAUAAUGGGAAUCUACAGCUCCUCUCUGGGAAUGCAACUCUCACUUUAAUUGCUAUGAGGCUGGAAGAUUCUGGAACAUAUGUCUGUGAAGGUGUCAAUGAAGUCGGGAAGGAUGGAAAAGAGGUGGAAUUAAUCGUUCAAGAGAAACCAUUCACUGUUGAGAUCUCCCCAGGACCCCAGAUUAUCGCUCAGAUCGGUGAUUCAGUUGUGUUAACAUGUGGUGUCACAGACUGCGAGUCCCCAUCUUUCUCUUGGAGAACCCAGAUAGAUAGUCCUCUGAGUGGGACGGUGAAGGUUGAAGGGGCCAAGUCUACGCUGACCCUAAGCCCUGUGAAUUUGGAGAAUGAACAUUCUUAUCUGUGCACCGUGACCUGUGGACAUAAGAAAUUGGAAAAGGGAAUUAAGGUGGACCUCUACUCAUUCCCUAGAGAUCCAGAGGUUGAGAUGAGUGGUCUACUAGUGGAUGGAAACCCAGUCACUGUGAGCUGCGAGGUUCCUAAUGUGUAUCCUUCUGACCGACUGGAGAUUGAAUUAUUUAAGGGGGAGACUAUCAUAGAAAGUAAAAGCUUUCUGGAGGACAUGGACAAGAAAUCUCUAGAAACUAAGAGUUUGGAAAUGACCUUCAUCCCCACCACAGAAGAUACUGGAAAAGUUCUUGUUUGUCUGGCUAAGUUACAUAUUGAUGAAAUGGAAUUUGAACCCAAACAAAGGCAGAGUACACAGACACUUUAUGUUAAUGUUGCCCCCAGGGAUACAACCGUCGUGGUCAGCCCCUCCUCCAUCGUGGAGGAAGGUAGUCCUGUGAACAUGACCUGCUCUAGCGAUGGCCUUCCAGCUCCGAACAUCCUGUGGAGCAGGCGGCUAAGUAAUGGGCGCCUGCAGUCUCUUUCUGAGGAUCCAAUUCUCACCUUAACUUCUGCAAAAAUGGAAGAUUCUGGUAUUUAUGUGUGUGAAGGGAUUAACCAGGCUGGAAUAAGCAGAAAAGAAGUAGAAUUAAUUAUCCAAGUUGCUCCGAAAGACAUACAGCUUAUAGCUUUUCCUUCUGAGAGUGUCAAGGAAGGAGACACUGUCAUUAUCUCCUGUACAUGUGGAAAUGUUCCAAAAACUUGGAUAAUCCUGAAGAAAAAAGCAGAGACGGGAGACACAGUGCUAAAGUCCAGAGAUGGUGCAUAUACCAUCCACAAGGUCCAGUUAGAGGAUGCGGGAGUGUACGAAUGUGAAUCUAAAAAUGAGGCUGGCUUGCAAUUAAGAAGUUUAACCCUCGAUGUUAAAGGAAGAGAAAAUAACAAGGACUAUUUUUCUCCAGAACUACUCGUGCUUUAUUGUGCAUCUUCCUUGAUAAUACCAGCCAUUGGGAUGAUCAUUUACUUUGCCAGAAGAGCCAACAUGAAGGGGUCAUACAGUCUUGUAGAAGCACAGAAAUCAAAAGUGUAGCUAAUGUUUGCAAUGGUCAACUAGAGACACUAUUUAUCAGUCCAAAUUCUUAAUACUGCUCAUCAUUCCAUGAGGGAAACAAACUAAGAGUCCAGACUUCCCUGAAUGUAGUGAAUUCUUGGAAAGAAAUGGCUUCCUGUGCCCCAUGCUGUGAGCAAGAGGCUAAAAGAAAACUUUCUGCCUGAAAAAUAGGCACUGCCACUGAAAUGUAUUGACUGGAGUAGCUCCUUGAUGUGUAUAUACAAUAACAUGAUCUGUACAUAUGUAAAAUAAAUUUAUGCCAUAGGAGGA